AUGGAUAUGUUAGUGAUUUAUAAUUCUGUGUCUCUUGGAUCGCAGCAGCAGCUGCUGGAAGAAGCUCCCGUUGAGCCUGGGGCUGCAGCGCUGCUCCUUCGUGCUGUUGGUGCCACACUCGGAGCCGCUGGAAGAAAAAAAGGGGAUUUUCACAGGGAUUAUGUCAGGCUGUACAAUAGGGUUUGGAUCCCUGAUAAUGAAGAAGUUUGGCAGUCUGCAGAAAUCACAAAAGACUACAAAGCUGGAGAACGUUUUCUUCAUGUGCAAUUAGAAGAUGGAACUGAGCUGAACUACCCUGUUGAUCCAUCUGCUUUGCCACCCCUUCGAAAUCCUGACAUACUUGUUGGUGAAAAUGAUCUCACUGCUCUCAGUUACCUCCACGAACCAGCAGUUUUACACAACCUUAAAGUUCGUUUUGUGGAGUCUAGGCUUAUCUACACAUAUAGUGGAAUCAUUUUGGUUGCAAUCAACCCCUAUAAACAGUUGCCAAUAUAUGGAGAUGCCAUUAUCCAUGCAUACAGUGGGCAAAACAUGGGGGACAUGGAUCCACAUAUAUUUGCUGUGGCAGAAGAAGCAUACAAGCAAAUGGCAAGAAAUAACAAAAAUCAGUCUAUUAUAGUCAGUGGAGAAUCAGGAGCGGGAAAGACUGUGUCUGCAAGAUACACCAUGAGAUACUUUGCCACUGUGAGUAAGUCAAGCAGCAAUGCACAUGUGGAGGAUAAAGUAUUGGCAUCCAACCCAAUAACUGAGGCUGUUGGCAAUGCAAAAACCACACGGAAUGACAACAGCAGUCGAUUUGGCAAAUACACUGAAAUCAGUUUUGAUCAGCGUUACCAAAUCAUUGGAGCUAACAUGAGAACAUACCUGCUUGAGAAAUCC